AUGAGUGCAAAUAGCAUUUGGAACUUAUUUUUAAUCAUCCACAUAUUUUGCUUUACUGCAAUAAAUAUUAAGGCUGACCAUAAAAAAAGCGACAAUGCGAUCAUAACCACUGAAUUCAAUAAAUCUUUUGAAUCUUACCAAUUUAAUCAUUAUCAGUUGCAAAAUUUCACGGAAAGGUCUGUCGAUAUUAACAUCGCUGGAAUCGCUGGAAUCGCUGCUGAAAUUAUUGUACCAUCCACCUUAUUUGCUAUACCAACUGAAACUGAAUCCACAAAAACUACUCCCACUGUUGCUUUGGAUUGUUGUGAUACAGGUGGUCCUGGUAUCAUUAAUAAAUUACCUGGUGCUUUUUAUAGUAUAAGUUAUGAUGCUGUAAGUUUAGAAGAUUGCUGCAGAAAAUGUUCGGCUGAUUCAAAUUGCAUUGGAUGGGGAUAUAACAUUAAAACUAAAUCGUGCUUUGCCGAAUCAGUCAAUGAUCCUGACGCUGAGGAAUUUUGUAAAUAUUCGACUGAUCACUAUGCAAAUUUUGUUGGGGGGAGACCUGGUUGUGGUGGUUGUAGAGCUAAGUUUUAA